CUGAUCAGCGAUGGCAGCGUGGUGUACGCCGAGGCGCUCUGGGAUCACGUCACCAUGGACGACCAGGAGCUGGGCUUCAAGGCCGGGGACGUCAUCGAGGUAGUGGAUGCCACGAACAAGGAGUGGUGGUGGGGUCGCAUCGUGGACAGCGAGGGCUGGUUCCCUGCCAGCUUCGUACGGUUGCGUGUGAACCAGGAUGAGCCCAUGGAGGAGUAUCUGGCCCACUUGGAGGGGGCUCAGGCUGGAGAGGAGAACCGGGCCGGUCUGGGUCUGUUGCUGGGACCUGGUCUACCCUGCAAAGAACAGAUGAGGACCAACGUCAUCAACGAGAUCAUGAGCACAGAGAGAGACUACAUCAAGCACCUGAAGGACAUCUGCGAGGGUUACAUCAAACAGUGCCGCAAGAGGACAGACAUGUUCACUGAAGAGCAGCUUCGGACCAUCUUUGGCAACAUCGAAGAUAUCUAUCGAUUCCAGAGGAAGUUCCUGAAAGGCCUGGAGAAGAAAUUCAACAAGGAGCAGCCGCACGUCAGUGAGAUCGGCUGCUGCUUCCUCGAACACCAAACGGAUUUCCAGAUCUACUCAGAGUAUUGCAACAACCACCCCAACGCCUGCAUGCAGCUCUCUAAGGUCAUGAAGGUCAACAAGUACGUGUUCUUCUUCGAGGCCUGCCGACUCCUCCAGAAGAUGAUCGACAUCUCGCUGGACGGCUUCUUGCUCACUCCGGUUCAGAAGAUCUGCAAGUACCCUCUGCAGCUGGCUGAGCUGCUCAAAUACACCAACCCACAGCACAGGGACUAUAAAGAUGUGGAGGCGGCCUUAAACGCCAUGAAGAACGUGGCGAGGCUCAUCAACGAGAGGAAACGGCGCCUGGAGAACAUCGACAAGAUCGCCCAGUGGCAGAGCGCCAUCGAGGACUGGGAGGGAGACGACAUCCUCAGCAGGAGCUCUGAUCUGCUCUUCUCAGGAGAGUUGAGCAAGCUGUCCCAGCCUCAGGCCAAGAGUCAGCAGAGAAUGUUCUUCCUCUUUGAUCAUCAGAUGGUGUACUGCAAAAAGGACCUGCUGAGGAGAGACAUGCUGUACUACAAGGGUCGGAUGGACAUGGACCACAUGGAGGUGAUAGACGUGGAGGACGGGAAGGAGAAGGACUUCAACAUCAGCGUGAAGAACGCCCUGAAGCUGCGGUCGCUGGCUGGAGACGAGGUCCACCUGCUGUGUGCCAAGAAGCCGGAGCAGAAGCAGCGCUGGCUCCGAGCCUUCGCCGACGAGAGGACUCAGGUCCAGCAUGACCAAGAGACAGGCUUCUCUCUCACGGAGGUCCAGAAGAAGCAGGCCAUGCUUAAUGCCUGUAAAAGCCAUCCAGCUGGGAAACCCAAAGCAGUGACCAGGCCGUACUACGACUUCCUGCUGAGACAGAAGCACCCCUCCCUCCCCACGGCCGUGCCCCAGCAGCAGGUGUUCAUGCUGGCCGAGCCCAAGCGCAAAACCUCCACCUUCUGGCACAACAUCGGCAGACUGACACCCUUCAAGAAGUAACGGAGGAAAGAAAUCAGAAAGGAAGAAGUAUGGGAUGAAGGAACAGAGGAGGAGGAGGGCUCCCUGCUCGUGCCUGAUAGACCCUUUUUAUUCUCUCUUUUCUUUCCUACUCGUUGCCCUAAUACUGAUCCAUUGUAUAGAUGAGGAUGAUUAUGAUGAAGAGGAGAUUAUUUUUCGAAAGCACUUUAAAGGUUGGUCAACAAUCAGACUUGAGAAUGGUCUCCCGGAGACACGGAGAGAGGACUCUUGCUUAACUUGCUACUACUACUACUACUACUACUACUACUACUACACCUUCAAUCCGGCGCAGAUUGGUACUAAUACUACUACUGUACUGCUGUGAGCGAGCGUGGGACUCCUGAUUGUGCUGCCUCUGUGAAGACGUUGGCCAUCGUCAAAAUUGUGUCAUUUCUUUCCACUGUUGUGUUGUUUUAUGAUUUCACAGAUGCCAAGUGUUCACAGUGCCAGACGAUUUGUUUUUAUAUUUGUUUGUUCCGUGUCUGUUUAUGAAAAAAAAGGGAAGAGAGGAGGUAGUUUCCUGUGCUUUUUCUCCGUGCAAAUAUAUCAUUUCAGCUCGGUUUUCUAAAGUGUUUUGUGAUCUCCAUCUGCCGGGCUCUGUAUGUCUCUGGUGCGAACACUUCACGAAAUGCAGGAAGAUUAAGAGCGACCCACAACUAGCGGCGACAUGCACACAUUCCUCGAGUCUGUUCCUCGACUCCUCCUUAUACCUACCAUGUCAAUGAAAGUAAAUAGCCUGUUACUUUUUCGUUUUUUUUUUUAAAGUGCCAUUUGAAGUGUGUCAUGGAUGACUUACAAUGACAUGCAUGGAUGUGAUGAAAAAAUACUGUGAAGAAUAUUUUUUUAUCUCUGAAGAACCCUGCUAUAUUUAACCAGAUCCAAGAAACUGGGAUUUCAUUGUGCUACCAGGCUGACGACACACACACACACACACACACACACACACACACACACACACACACACACACACACACACACUCUCUGACGUUCCUUUAUCUACCUUUCCUCCUGAUAGCCAGUCAUCCUGCUCCGUGUUUCUGGUCCUCCAGUAUAAUCUAAUUUCACAUCAAUGCAGCCCAGUGAUUUCCCUCUGUAAGUGCAUUCAGUGAAAUGUGCUCCUUUCACCUUUUAUGUUCAAAUGUUUUUGCUUCUGACGAUAUGGAAUAUUAAACAUUCCUAAGCUGAUAAA